AUGAAUUCGGAUUCAUCGAGUUCUCCAAACAACGAACCAACAAGUGAUCCAAGUCUGAUAGACUUGGAUGAAGCUCUCUUACCUUUUACCAAUGGUAACAGCGCAAUUGAACAAUUAUCAUUUGGCGCAGGGCAUGAACAACUGGAUACAUCACCACUGUUACCAAAUGAUAUGUACGCCACGAUACCAGAGGCGCAGACUGAGUAUCAAGACACAGUUGAUACGUCUGGAACAACGUUAUCAGAGUGCCAAUCAAUAGCGGAGCUUUUGGAAGAGCCGAUGUCCUACGAAGAUUUCAAUGAAAUUUUGCAAGAUCCAGCAUCGGAUACACAAGAAGUGGAGCAUAAUAAUAACGGUACUAUCCCGGUACAAAGCGAUCCGACUGCGAAUCAAGCAAUAGCUUCCAUCGCUAACUUCUUGCAGAAUGCUAUGAACGAAGUUUCUGAGGAGGCUAUUCUUCAAACGACGAUGGACGCCAUGCAACGUAACGGUCAGCCGCUCAUGCACAUGGCCCGUCAACCGAACGCGCACCACCGUUUUCGCUACCGUUCAGACAAUAUUCGCUACCUAGAAGAAUCACGAACGCAUCCAAUGACGAUCGGGUUACCGAAUUUGACCGGCUGUUUAAAAGAAGUCUAUCAAUCCUUUUGGAUUCAAUGCACAAUUGUUACGACUCAGAACAAUCCUCAACGACGAGUUUUUGUGCAUCAACAUGAAAUUUCAUACAGAGGUCAAGGUGCUAUAGAAAAUGGACUCCAUUCGUUCCGUAUUCCAUUGACAGCAGAUGAUAUUCUCCAUCGCAGAAAGAUAUUUCGACAUUUUUCUGUGAUUAAGACAUUGCGCAAUGACUACAUUUACGGCUUAACUCCCUUCGACCCUUUAAUGAACGUCGACCAUAUUUUUCCAUACACGAUUCCAGAUGACGCGAAUCUGUCGAAAAUGAAAAGGGCCAAACGGUUUGACCGCGAAUUUCAUACAAACGAAUAUCGUAUUGUAUGCGAAUUGAUGGUGAAACAACGCAAUCGUUGGCAUUCAACCGGUGUAUAUUGUCAAACGCACGUUGUCACGGACAAAUAA